AUGGGUGCGUCUGAAAUUCCAAUAUUCCAUCAACCAGUCGUCGCGCAAAUGCCGCAGUUGAAUGACGUUGCGUCUGCUCCGUUAGGUAUUCCACAAGGGAUGAUAAAGUCUGAACCAUCUGUGUCAAUCUCUUUGGUGCAAGAAAGGAUAACUGCUAAAUAUGACUUUCAAGUUUUCUACAGAAAGGCGUGGUAUGUGAAGCAGAAAACGAUGGCAAUUAUAUACGGUGAUUGGGAGGAAUCAUAUGCUUUUUUACCAAGGUGGUGCGAAUACAUGCUUCGCUUUUCUCCAGGUUCAUUUUAUCAUAUACAAACUAAUGAUCUUUAUGCCGAGCAGAGCUUAGUUUUUGGAAAAAAGGUUUUUCAUCGCAUUUUUUGGACGUUUAGACAGUGUUGUGAGGCGUUCAAAUUUGCCAAAUCCGGCAUCCAAAUUGAUGGAACUCAUUUAUAUGGAAAGUACAAAGGGAAAUUGUUGGUGGCCACAGCCCAAGAUGGUAAUAAUGAAUGUUUACCGAUCGCAUUUGCCAUCGUAGAAGGCGAAACUUUGGAAGCAUGGGAUUAUUUUCUCGUUAAUAUUCGUGCUCAUGUGACUACGAUGUCAAACAUAUGUUUGAUAUCCGAUCGGCAUCGAAGCAUAAUAUCUGCUGUGGAAAAUAACCCUACUUGGCAGCCGCCAAAUGCGUAUCACGUAUUCUGUAUUCGUCAUAUUGCAAGCAACUUCAAUCAAAAGUUUCGAAAUGAAGAUUUGAAGCGGAUGUUAAAGAAUUUAGGUUAUACUCCAGCAAUGGUUGAUUUUGAAAGGAAUCUUGCGAGUUUCCGUGAAAGUAGUCCUCAAAUUGCUGAGUGGAAUGAUGCGAUUCCUAAGGAAAAGUGGUCGCGUGCCUACGAUAUUGAAGGACGGAGGUACGGUCAUAUGACAACAAAUUUGGCUGAAUCUGUCAAUAGGGUUUUGAAGGGGGCCAGAAAUAUGCCUAUAACAACAUUGGUUAAGCAUACAUAUAGCAGAUUGGUUGCAUAUUUUGUUGAGAGAGGAACAAAUGCUCUUGCACAACUUCAAUCAGCUCAUCGUCACUCCAAACAUGUUGUUGAAUUGGUCAAGAAGAACCAGGUAGAUGCAACAGGCCACCACGUUCGUGCAUACAAUGUUGAACAUACUGUAUUCGAGGUUGACGCAGGUUGGGAGCGUUCAUAUUCUGUCAACCUCCCACAGAGAUACUGUCAGUGUGGAAAGUUUAAGGCCUUUAAGUAUCCGUGUAGUCACGCCGUUGCUGCUGCGUUAAGUGUUAGGCAGAGUGCGUUCACUUACGUUGACGACAUCUUCUUGAUAACUAACUUGGUCGAGGCUUAUUCUUUUCCGUGGGAGCCAAUUGGAAACGAGGAAGCAAUACCUGAAAUUAGUGGUGCAAAGAUUAUUCCUGAUUCUACUAUGUUGCGUGCAAAAGGUCUUCCAAAGUCAACUCGCAUCCGCAACGAGAUGGAUGAAGUUGAGACAAGCCAGAGCCGUAUCAGGUGUGGACUUUGCAAGGAACGCGGCCAUAAUCGUCGGCGAUGUCCAAGUCGUGGGAGAAACGACUGA